AGGAAGAGCAACGGCGAGGCGGCGGCGGCGGCGGCGGUGGUGGCGGCUGCUGAGUCGGUGGUGGCGGCGGCAGAGGCGAAAGUGGCAGCUCCAGGGGGUGGCAGCGACCCCGAGAGCAGGAUGCAGCGGGUGCGGGUCGGACUGACGCUGCUGCUGCUGCUCUGCGCCGCCUUGCUGGGUUCGGCCUCGGCGUCCUCGGAUGAAGAAGGUGGCCAGGAUGAAUCCUUAGAUUCCAAGACUUCUUUGCCAUCAGACGAGACCGUAAAAGACCACAGCACAGCAGGCAGAGUAGUUGCUGGUCAGAUAUUUCUUGACUCAGAAGAAUCAGAAUUGGAUUCAUCCAUUCAGGAAGACGACAGCCUUAGAAUCCAAGACGGAGAAACUGUCACGGAAGAAAUCAGUUUUCUGGAGUCUCCAACCCCAGAAAACAAAGAAGAAAACUAUGAAGAAUUAACAGAAGUACAGAAACCAGUUUUGACUGCCAUUGAAGGCACAGCACAUGGGGAGCCCUGUCACUUUCCUUUUCUUUUCAUGAAUAAGGAGUAUGAUGAGUGCACAUCAGAUGGGCGGGACGACGGAAGAUUGUGGUGCGCUACCACCUACGACUACAAGGCAGAUGAAAAGUGGGGCUUUUGUGAAACUGAAGUAGAGGCUGUGAGAAGACGACAGUUGAAGGAAGCAGAAGUGUUAUUCCAAUCUGGAAUGAAAAUCUUCAAUGGAAGCAAUAAGAAAAGCCACAAAAAAGAGGCUUAUCGAUAUCUUCAGAAAGCAGCUGUCUUGAACCAUGUCAAGGCCCAGGAGAGAGUGUCUUAUGCUCUUUUGUUUGGGGAUUACUUACCACAGAAUAUCCAGGCAGCUAAAGAGAUGCUUGAGAAACUGACAGAGGAAGGUUCUCCCAAGGGACAAACUGCUCUUGGCUUUCUCUAUGCCUCUGGAAUUGGGGUUAAUUCAAGUCAGGCAAAGGCCCUCGUAUAUUAUACUUUUGGAGCUCUUGGAGGCAAUCUAAUAGCCCACAUGAUUUUGGGUUACCGGUACUGGGCUGGCAUCGGAGUCCUCCAGAGCUGUGAAUCUGCACUUACCCAUUACCGUCUUGUUGCCAACCAUGUGGCUAGUGACAUAUCUCUGACUGGAGGCUCAGUAGUACAAAGAAUACGACUGCCUGACGAGGUGGAAAAUCCAGGAAUGAACAGUGGAAUGCUAGAAGAAGAUUUGAUUCAGUAUUACCAGUUCCUAGCUGAAAAAGGUGAUGUGCAAGCACAGGUUGGUCUGGGGCAACUGCACCUGCAUGGAGGUCGAGGAGUGGAGCAGAACCACCAGAGAGCAUUUGACUACUUCAGUCUAGCAGCGAAUGCUGGCAAUUCACAUGCACUGGCUUUCUUGGGAAAGAUGUAUUCAGAAGGAAGUGACAUUGUACCUCAGAGCAAUGAGACAGCUCUUGUCUACUUUAGGAAAGCUGCUGACAUGGGCAAUCCGGUUGGACAGAGUGGCCUUGGAAUGGCUUACCUCUAUGGAAGAGGGGUUCAAGUGAAUUAUGAUCUGGCACUGAAGUAUUUCCAGAAGGCUGCUGAGCAAGGCUGGGUGGAUGGACAACUACAGCUCGGCUCUAUGUACUACAAUGGCAUUGGAGUCAAGAGAGAUUAUAAACAGGCCUUGAAGUAUUUUAACUUAGCUUCUCAGGGAGGCCACAUCUUGGCUUUCUAUAACCUGGCACAGAUGCACGCCAGCGGCACAGGAGUGAUGCGAUCAUGUCACACUGCAGUGGAGCUGUUUAAGAAUGUAUGUGAACGAGGCCGCUGGUCUGAAAGGCUGAUGAUCGCUUAUAACAAUUACAAAGAUGGAAACUAUAAUGAAGCAGUGAUCCAAUAUCUGUUGCUGGCAGAACAGGGCUACGAAGUGGCACAAAGCAAUGCAGCUUUCAUUCUUGAUCAGAGAGAAGCAACCAUUGUGGGAGAGAAUGAAACUUACCCCAGAGCUCUGCUGCACUGGAAUAGGGCUGCCUCACAAGGUUACACUGUGGCAAGAAUUAAGCUUGGCGACUACCAUUUCUAUGGAUUUGGCACUGACGUAGAUUACGAGACUGCAUUUAUUCACUAUCGUCUAGCGUCUGAGCAACAACACAGCGCACAAGCUAUGUUUAAUCUGGGGUAUAUGCAUGAGAAAGGACUAGGCAUUAAACAGGAUAUUCAUCUUGCUAAACGUUUUUAUGACAUGGCAGCCGAAGCCAGCCCAGACGCACAAGUACCGGUCUUCCUGGCACUCUGCAAGUUGGGCGUUGUGUAUUUCUUACAGUACAUACGGGAAACGAACAUUCGAGAUGUGUUUACCCAACUUGAUAUGGACCAGCUUUUGGGACCUGAGUGGGACCUUUACCUCAUGACCAUCAUUGCUUUGCUGCUGGGAACAGUUAUAGCUUACCGACAGAGGCAACACCAAGACAUGCCUAUGCCCAGGCCUCCAGGGCCACGGCCAGCGCCACCCCCCCAGGAGGGGCCAGCCGAGCAGCAGCCACCACAGUAACAGCCACCGGGUCCAGCCUUGAUCAGUGACAGCCAAGGAACUUAUUUGCUGAGAACAUUUGCAUUGAUUCAAGACUUGGGAUCAGCGGCCACCUCCCGGAAGAGGCACAAGGAAGCGUUGAAUUCCUCAAGCUGCUUAGAAUCUGAUGCCUUUAUUUUCAGGGAUAAGUAACUCUUACCUAAACGGGGUUGAAUGUUUGUUUCAGUGCUGAAUGGAAUAACAACUCUCAGUGACUUUUUUUUUUUUCUGGAAACGUGAGACACUCAAAGCAAUGUUCACUUGCUCACUGUCUGUCACCUCUCUCUCACUCACUCUUUCUUUACACUCUCUCCCUCUCCUCCUUCUCUCUCAUGGGUUCUCUGUUCAUUCUCUCAAUGUGCAGAUAUUCUUUUGUCAGCCACCUUUAAGGUCUUAUACAUCGACACUAAAAACUGAUCAGUGCAAAAGAGGAAAACCCAGUCGUUGCAAGUUUGACAUCUUUGAAAGUCAGAAAAUAGAACUUGUCUUUUAAGGGUUGAGGGAGAUCUUUAAAGUGUUUAGAACUGCAAUAACUGAGAAGCUUUACCAGCCCAUGUCAAGUAUACCAGUUCAACAUCUUUGUUAUUUUAAAAGGGAAGGUUGGGAGGUUUCUUACUGGUGGUUGUCACACUUCAUAACAUGCUUCUCUCCUUCAGAGAUUGAAAGGUUUAA